AUGGAUUUCUACAAGGAUAAAGCCAAGCUAAUUGAUAAGCUCCUGGAGGAAGGUCCUACUUCCACAGAAGAGAAGGACGAAGCUCUGGUGACUUUAAAACGAGAACGUCAUACGCACAGCAAGUUUUUUGCCUGCCAUGUUGUUGUUUUGGUACUUGUGCUGGUACUGGGAAUGUGUUUGUUUGCGCGUGUAGCCUACUAUGGUUUUCGAACCACGGAAUAUGAUCAGCAGUCACUGAGCGGAGGUUUGUUUAUCCUUAUAUUGGGCCAUUCCAUUUAUUGUCCGCCUCCCCUUUAUUGAAUACUCAGAGAUGCCAAUCAACCCCGCCAUCACUACCAAAAUUUUCCCUUUUAUCUCGAAAUCCCGAACGUUUUCAUCGGCCAAAUCCCGAUCCUGGUCACAUCAUUUACCAUGGUCCACCUUAUCAGUACCCUGCUAGCAGAGUCGCUUCGAUCUUUCCUAAAUGAGUCGGGAAAGAGGAAGCGACUCUGCCGACAUCUUCAAGUUCCUUUGAUCUGUAGCCUUCCACGCAGACGUUCUUAGAGGUUCGUCACGCGUUCCUGCCCCACGAACGUCUGCUGAAUCGAAAGAUAAAUUCCUUUCCCAUUGUUCGCAAAUAUCAGCUGGUGAUCACAUGCAGAUUAUCGGAGAUUCAAUCGGCACUGUUGAAGUCAAAGUGUUGACAAGCCAAACACAUACGUACAAGCUCCGUAGAGUGUGAUGCGUGACCAAAGAUUUUUGCUCCGAACGAAAAUCUAGAUAAGAUUUUCAGGCCAAUGUUACAUGGUUUUUGUCCUUUUUCCCCGGUGUCCUUGACUGAAUUGUGCUCAUUCUGGUAUGGUUUGAAAGAUCUCUUCACUCUGCAGAAGUUAGCGGACAAAAUUGCCCCUGACCGUUGAAACUGAUGACGUCACAAACGGUAGAAAGGACGUGGAUCCGCACGGGCGGCUCAGGGGCAAAUGGGUUAAGCCAUAGGAGCUCAUAGGGACUGUUAUUCACUGAUUUACAUACAUACAUACUUUAUUUGUCAUGUAGGUCAGUGAAAAAAGGCAGCUAAAGAGCUGAUGUGGACCUACAAACUAAAAAGUAUCUACAAAAAAGUAACUAAUAAUAUUAACAAACCAAUGAAUUAUUUNAAAAAUAUGAAUUGUACUGAGAAAAUUUGAGGACGUUAAAAAAAAAAUUACAUGCAGCUACAUGCACUAGAACCACUUUUUAAGAUUGUCUAUACAUUUGUCUGUUAAAAUUUUUCUUCCUGUCAACUAAAAUUUCCCGGGAAAAUUGCAGACAAAAUUAAUAUGUGGAAAAUCUAAAGCAAUAGUUUGGAGAAAUUUAUGCACAGGUACGGCCCAAAAAAUUUCUUUGUAGAAUCCUUUGCUGUGUAGCGUUAGUUUACAAUUCAUAAUGUUUCCAGAACAGCCUUUCUACAGAAAUUAUUUGACGUUAGAUUCUCGUACAAACACUGUGAUAUCUCACGCGCUUGCCUACUCAUCAAGAUGGCUUCCAAAACCAUGACAAAGUCUAUAUGUAAUAACACCUUUUUUAUCAUUGAAUGUUUAUCAAUGUUUUAAACAUCAUGCAUUAACUGAAGGACUCUAAUGUUUCAUUCUUUCUUGUCUCUUAAAACUUAAAGCUUAUUCAUGUUGGCCCUGAUGAGAUCAAGUUUGCUCAAAAUGCUUUGUUUUCAAGACAUCCUGUGAUGAAAUCUUGGCCUAAAUUUCACGGUAAGUUAUCACAAAAAUGUCAUUCUUUCUUUAUACCUGUUGCACCAAAUGUCAGUUCUUAGUUAUUUUAUAAUAAGGGUGCAAAGAAAGUCAGUUUUACAGCCUGUCAAUCGUGCAAGCUAUAGCUAGCAUGUACUAGCCCACAAGUCAUUUUAACUAGCCCCAAAACCCUUUUUGAUUAGCAGGAUUGAUUACAAUCCUUCUGUAACUUGAAUUUCCCCAAAACACAGCACCUGCCUGUCAGGCAAGUUAAGAGCAAAUAUCACUAGCCCUAUAGCAAAAUCGCCUAGCCCCGGGCUAUCGGACACGACCUUCUUUGCACGCUGAUGAUUAAGACAUAGUGAUGUCUUUGCUGCCAUUGUCAGUGUCAUUGCAUAGCAUCUUUGUUUUUCUUAUUAUACUUUUUAUGUCAGUGAUGCAUUUACUCAGUCUAGUAACCAAGUUAUCUUCUUUUUACAGAUUGGCAGACACUCAAGCUUGAAAUCGUCAAUGUCUGGAUGCAAGAUAUUUAUGGCCCGGCUGAUAUCAUUCCAGUGAAAGACUACCUGAAGGUCAAAUUGUAG